CAUUAUUGUCUGUGACUCUGUGUGCCUUGGCGCUGUGACUUUCUGUAUAUACCACUACAGCUCAGCGAGUCAGCUGAGGUGUACAGGCGGGAGUUCCGAGAGAACGGAAGAACUACACAUCAGGGAUGCUGAUUGGAAGAAGCUGGGUCAUGUGACCAGCAGCACACAACCAGGAAGUGUAAGCAAACAGAGCGCACGGAGGAAGGAGCUGUGGAGUUAUACUAUUAAUAACAAGGAGAAAGCUUGGAUUCAAGCAGCAAUGGACUUUCUUUCAUCAGAAUCCCCAAGCCUCAACAAUUCCCCUAAGUAUAUUGGCUCCCCGGAUCCACAAAACAAUAUACCUGCUAAACAACCCAUGAGUGCCACCCUUCGAGAGAGGCUCAGGAAAAUGCGAAGAUCUUUCACUUCGCCAUGUCCAGUUGCCAAGCGGCUGAAAAUUGAUUGUGAAGAGAGCGAUACUCCUUCACAGUGUGCCAGCAAUCCCACCCCUACCCAGGAUGCUCAGGGAAGCUCCAUCGCGCACACACAUACUUUUGUCUCAUCUGUAGACUCUAGCCUUUCAGAAUGUCUGCCUUUAGUGGAAGUCUCCACACCAACCACUCCUAGGUAUACCAGCCAUCAGGAUUUGCUUCAGGAAAAAAGGAAGUUGCUAAAGCGAGUUGAAGAGAAGGAAAAAAUUCUAAGGAGAUUAAAAAUGGUUAAAUUGUAUCGCUCUAAGAACAAUCUCACCAACCUGCAGUCAUUAAUAGAGAAAUGGAGAAAAGGUAGUCAGCUUUUGCUCUAUGAACUCCAAACUGCUUUAACUACUGAGAAUAAAAAGAUUAGUCUCACGCAGCUGAUAGAAAGUUAUGGGCUGGAUGAGAAAUUACUUUGUUACAACAGAACAGAAGAAGACUUUGAAGAACCCUGACAAGGAAAUGUAUGAGGGGCUUUUUUUCUUGAUAUUGAUUUUACUUAUGCAUUUGCUAUUUGGAAGAACAGUUUUAAGUUCUCUCCAGGCAAAACUGCCUUCUGUUAAAAGGUCAGAACUGAUAUUUCAAUGUCUGGAAUAUGCUUGGGCAUUAAGCCACUAACACUUCUCCAUGUUUAGAGACUCUGGCUACAAGAUCUGUGUGUUUUUUGAGUUCUCGGACCUGCACACACAUUACAAGGUGGCUCCACUUUCCCUGUUGGAUUGUACAGUUUUUUUUUUACAUUGCAGAGAAUGUAACAUGCAGGGUGGAAAUACACCAAAGUGGGCAAUUGGACUCGGGCAGGAACUGUUGUGUGGAGACAUCGCCACAGGAGUUCCUGUGUGAUAAUAGGCGUUAUCAGCUGGCUCUGUCCAUGUGAUGCCGUAUAGAACCGCAAUAUCGUUUUUUGGUUUGACUUGCUGUUUAUUUUAUGAAAUGUUAAAUUAUUUUUUAGUAUUUGUAAAAUUUAAGAAUAUUUAGAAAUGAAUUCAUAUAUAAUUUGAUAGUAAUAAAAAGUUUGAAUGAUGA